AAGUAUACUAAGUAUAUGAAUGAACGGCGGAGACAAAAAUCUGAAGAAUUUUGUUCAUGUGUCCCGCAUUUAUUUCUCUGUACACCUUUUUAAAAUUAUUUACGAUAUUUGUUAUCUCUUGAAAUGAAUUUUAAUUGAAAUUUGAAAAUAGCACAAUCCUUUCCUUCAAAACCCUUUUAAUUUCCCAUUGCACAUCCAACUUUAUGUCUAACUUUGAAAUAUAUUUCUAUAAUCUAAUCUGUAUGAUUUGCACUUUGAUGUGUAUUCAAAAACUUUCCAAAGCCUCACUGCAUGCAAAACUUAUAAAAUAUUGGGUCAACUCUCCUGUAAAACCAACCACUGCAUAUACCUCAUCAAUUGUAAACAAUGUGGACAACAACAUGUUGGGGAAACUACAAACAUCAGACUUAGGACCAACAACCACCGAUCUUCCAUCAAAACCAAAAGCGUGACCGAACCCGUAGGGGAACACUUCAACAAAGAAGGUCACAUUUGGCAAGACAUGCAAGUGGUUGUUAUUGAUCAUAAUCCAACAUGAUGGACCGAUGCAGAGAGAAAGAGCACAGAAAAAUCCUGGAUGCAUCGUUUGAAAUCAUUCCGUUCAGAUGAUACAGUACUGGUGUCUGAAACUAAAGAUGACCUUCAAUACCAACUGAAUUGUUUUCAAAAAUACUGUGAAAAGUGGGAGUUGCAAGUGAACGUGGAUAAAACUAAAAUUGUUAUUUUUGGCAAAGCAGGCCAACCUUCUGAUGAAGACAGGUGAAAAUGUCUGAAACACAGUCAACAACGUCUGCUGUGUCAAGGUUAUCUGUAUUGGAUUUGGUGUGGAUUUAUGUUCUAGUCAUGUUAACAUGUCUGCGACCUAACAGGGCAACGAUACAACCAUGUGGCGCUUCUCUUCAAACUAUCAAAGAUGAUUUUCAUUGCCCUCGAAAUCAAUUUGAAUGGAACAAAAAAGCAGAAGAGAUGAAAUGUGCUUCCUUCUCACAGAACUGUACAGAGACGUCCGAUUUUGUAUAUCAUUGUUUGGUAAAUGCCUGGGGCAAUGGUACAAUACAUGUCUGUUCACCGUCAAGGAUUAUCUUUGGUCGAUUGUGUUCAGAAUUUAACAAAGGGGGAGCACGUGUUCAAGAACACUACGUGGUGAAUUGUACGUCAUGUCCAUCCGAUUACAACUCUAAAGAAAGUUAUAUGUAUCAGGAGUGUUAUGAAAAUAUCAAAGCACCAACGACAAUUUCAACAGAAAUUAAUUCGUCAUCCAGUAACUACCAAAGAGAAAAUGUGACCAUAGCGAGGGAAAAAAAUAAAUUUGGUGAUACAGGAACUGUCUUAUAUGCACCAAUAGCUGUGAUCUUCAUAUUGGUUUUCAUUUGUGUGAUUUUAUUUUAUUACAAACGACGGAAAUGGCGGAAACAACGAAGAGAACCUGUUAUUAGUACUGUCCUUACACUAUUGCCACUGACGAACCCAGAUCAAGAACAGCCAGUUGACACACCUGAUAUUGUUACUCCCCUUGAAUUGGAUUUAGAUUUCAUUGAGAUCUUGAGCAAAACAGUGAACCCAGAAAAGGAGGGAACAGAUGUAUUGAAAAGGAAAAUCCAUAACUCGGAGUUUCAUGAGAAAUAUGCAAGCUACUGUUUAAAACCAAAUCUUAAACAUAUGAGCAUCACAGGGAACUGGCGGAAAGAUUUAGGAAUACAAACUGCAGCAGAUUUCUUCAACAUAAAAAUAUAUGUUGUUGUUCAGAUGGAAUCAGGUGAAACAAAAACAUAUUGUUUUUUCCCAAAGGAUUUUGAUACAAAAGAUUGGAUAAAAAUAGCUUUUGGGAAGGAAAGGGAAUACAUGCUUUUAUCAGAUUCUAAUUCGUCAAAUGAAGAAGAUGCAUCACUAACCUAUGACGAUGUAUUUGUUCUUAAUCAUUACACAAAAGCAUUGAACGAAACAGAAUUGGAAGAGGAUACAUUAGAAGUUGAUGUACAGGAAGAUAUCAAUCUACAUUUACAGCAUCGUUUGACAUCUUAUACAAUACCUAUGAUUUAAUCAAAUGUGACUCAAGUCUUUGGCACUCUGCUUUCCCUUUUAGUUCUUACAGGUUAAUUGUUAUUUCAGAUUUACAAAAUUUCGGCUUGAGCAUCACUGAAGAGACAUAAGUUGUCGAGAUGUGCAAAUGUUGAAUCAAACUUGGUACCAUAUAAGUUUUACAUCUAAAGAUGAAAGCAUCCGAGACGGAUAAACCAUAAAAUACGUAUUUUACAAAUGUCAAAGGCAAUUUAUAUAUAUAUAUAUAUAUAUAUAUAUAUAUAUAUA